AUGGCGAAAUAUAUCGCAGGGCCAAAUGUCGAGCUAUCGCUAAAGGAAAUUGUGCACAGGGCCAUUAAGAGGGCCUUUCCGUCUAUAAACCCACCCGAGAUUCUUAUUACUCUGGGCAAGACGACAGAAUAUCAAUGCAACAACGCUAUGGGUCUUGUCAAGCUUCUCUCUUCCGCUUCGCCGCCGAUAAAGACAAGCCCGGCACUGGUUGGAGAGGAGCUCAAGAAGAAUCUUGAAGAAAAUGACAUGAUUGAAUCCUUUGAGCCCACACCACAGGGUUUCAUCAACAUCACCAUCAAACCAAUGUGGGUUGCCGGUACCGUGGGGAAGGUGCUCCGGGAGGGAAUUCGUCCACCGAACCUCCCCAAACAAAAGGUGCUUGUGGACUUUUCUUCGCCGAAUAUUGCCAAGGAGAUGCACGUUGGCCACCUCCGUUCCACAAUAAUCGGUGAGGCCAUUUGUCGCCUGUUUGAAUUUUGCCAGUAUGAGGUUCAUCGCAUCAACCAUAUUGGUGAUUGGGGAACUGCGUUCGGGAUGUUGAUCUUAUUCUUGAGGCGUAAGCACCCCAAUUUCACUGAGGAGGUGCCAAACAUUUCAGAUCUAACUACGUUUUACCGUGAGGCCAAGAAGUGCUUCGAUGAGGACGCCGAAUUCAAAGAACAGGCACGACUGCAAGUCGUGAAGCUGCAAGCCCUGGAAGAGGAAUCCAUGAAGGCAUGGAAAAUUAUCUGCGAUAUUUCUCGAAAGGAGUUUCUUCAGAUUUAUGAGCGUCUUAACGUUACCAUAGAAGAGCGGGGUGAGAGCUUCUACAACCCACUCAUUCCUGAAGUGUUGAAACUGUUGGAUGAGGCCGGCAAACUCGUGGAGAGCAAUGGUGCGAAAAUUACCGUUCUCUCUGACAAAAAGUCGAUAUCUGCACUGGACGCAAAGGACAUGGCGAAGUUGGCCGCUCCGCACUUGUUGUGGGCCGGUAAGGACACUCGUGUCGAGUUCCACCCCAAUAUGAUUACAGCCAUGCGUGAAGUCGGGGUUCUAAAGGGUGAAGAGGGUAAUGAAACCGUUGCUUUAUCUAAGAAAGAUGCAAAACCCCUGAAAAACUUCGACAUUCGUACAGACGUGGACAAACUAGUAUCGCUUUUACAGCCACUCUUCAAGAAUAAAAUGUCUCCUCUUUUCCGCGAGGUUUUUGAGGCUGCGGGUAUCGUUGAUGGGGAGAACAUUACCAUCCCCCGCUUCAGCUUCCCACUCAUGAUUGUGAAAAGCGACGGCGGUUACACGUAUGACACAACCGAUGUUGCGACUAUGUAUCAUCGAUUUGUCUUGGAGAAGAUGGACCGUGUGGUUUACUGCACGGAUGUUGGGCAGUACGAGCAUCUGCGCAUGUGUGCCGAUUUGGCGAAGGAUAUGGGGUGGAUGGACAGAGGCACCUGGAGCCAUGCUGGCUUUGGGUUGGUAACAGGAGCGGACGGAAAGAAGAUCAAAACUCGCAGUGGAGAAUCCGCGAAACUAAAGGACUUGCUCGAUGAGGCCGUCGAGCGGUCACGCGCUAUUCUUGAAGAACGCGAGAAGGGUGACCGUGCUCAAGGCCACACAAAGGAGGACAUUGAUGAACUAUCGAAAAAAAUCGGAAUCGGUGCAGUGAAGUACUUCGACCUGAAACAGAGUCGGCUCAACGACUACGCUUUCAGCUACGAAAAGAUGCUGGACUUAUCGGGCAACACGGCUGUCUUCCUUUUGUAUCAGUAUGCGCGUCUUUGCUCAAUUGAGCGUAAGUGUGGCGUUGAUAGGGAACAAUUCCUGAGUUCUGAGGUUGUUAUUGAAACUCCGCAAGAGAAGAAACUGGCCCUCUGUGUACUGCGCAUGGAUUCUGUCGUGAUCAGGACAGUUGACGACCUUCUUCUGCACCAUCUAACUGAUUUCGCCUACGAGCUGGUGUCGUGCUUCUCUGACUUCUUCCAGAAUUGUAAGGUGAUUGGGCAUGAGCAGCAGAAUAGCCGGCUUUGCCUUGUGGAGCUUACCCGCUUGACGCUGAAGCAAGUGCUUGAUAUCCUUAACAUAGACGUCGCCGAGAAGAUUUGA